GUCAGGCCAGUGCCUCGGGGCGGAGCGCGGGCAGCAGGUCUCCCCGAGCGACCGAGGCGUGCCCAGCACCGACAAGGGCGCAAAGAAGCCGCUGCGCACCUCCUGUUGCAGCCUGUCCGGCGCCGAGACCCAGCCGCGGAUGGCACGGCGCAGGAGUCCCGGCCGCUUCUCCCCGCCGCGUGGGUACACCGACGCCUACAGCUCGGAGCCCGAGGCGGCGGGGGGCGAGGGCUUCCUCGGGCGCCUGGCGCAAAUGUACCGCGACGACGAACGGACGAGCCUUCCGCGCAAGGGCAAGAACGGGAGCAACGCGCAGCAGCGCACCAAACCCCACCGCGCCGCCUCCGCCCACCCGCGCCGCUUGGCCACAUGGCCGCAGCACCACCUGGCCCCGGCGGGCGAAGGCUGCGCCACCCCCGGCACCACUUCGUGCACCAGCCUCUUCGGCGGGGAGUUCCAAGUCCAUCCGCAGCCCCCCGGCCGCACCCCGACGGGCAAGUACACCCGCGUGGAGAAACUGCUCCAGGAUGACCAGUGGGCCAGCCCUGUACCCAGGCCCCUCGAAUAUGGCGCCGCUGACUGCCCCACUGACGCCAGCAAGCCGCCCUCCAUCUGCCCCUCUUCCUUCUCCUUCUCCCAGCAGGACAAGCCUCCCCUCAAGCUGGGGGCAAAGGAGCUCAAGCGAGGAAAUUGGCAGGAGCCUUGUGAGAGCAGCCCGAGUAUAGGAGACCUCAUGCACUCUUUGGCUAGGCCAUAUGAGGAGAACGAACCGCAAGGUUACCUCAGUCGUGACCCAAAUAGCCAGCACCACCGCCAGCACUCCCGCUAUCACCAGAAGUCCCGGAAAGGAGACGCCCAGAUCAACCUUCAAGAUCUCAUUGACAAGAGAUAUGAAGAUUUGAUGCCUGAAAGAGACAAAAAAAUUGCAGCGCUGAUGUUGGCCAGGCACCAGGAUGAGGAAGAGAUGAAGGACAGGCAGCUCCAGGUCUCUGAUGUUUGGGAGAAGAUGAGGCAUAAGGAGAGGAAGCACAAAGUACGGAUGGAGAAGGAGAGACAUUACCAGCAGGCAGAAUAUCUAGACCAAUGGCAAAGAGAUCGGGAUCAAAGGAAAGCCAAGCUCAGACUAGAAGAACAGCAGCUGUUGAUGGCCAGAGAGAAGGAAAUGAUGUUACGUGACAAAAAGUGGAAAAAAAUGGCCAAAGAGCAGGAGAGCAGGCGGAGGAUGAAACUUGACAGCAAUAAACUUCAGGCUGACUAUAAGAAAUGUCAGGAAAGGCAGCUCUGGGACAGAAGGUCAAAUGAGAGGAAUGCUAGGGAUCAUGCCUCUCAUUUGUAUAAGGAGCAGAUGUUGCAGGCCCUAGAGAGAAGGUUGAUAAAGGAAAUGGAAAGGAAAAGGAAAAGAGCAGAUACAAACCAAUACAAAAAAGCCAGGCACAUGCACACGAAGGAACAGGUGGAUGACAGAGUCAAAGCUGAGGAGCUCUACAAAAGGCUCUGUAUUGAACAGAAGCUUCAGAGGUCUCAAGAAAUCCUGGAGCAGCUAAUUGAAGAAAGGAAUAGAGAAUUAAAAGAAAGGUCUUUCAAAGAAGAAGAUCAAGAUGUGAUAACCAAGGUUAGAGCUAAAGAGACUGAGGAAGAAAAGAGAAGGCGCAAGGAGAUGUUACUGCAGAUAGCUGAGAUGAAGAUCCAGCAAGCUAAAGAAAUGAUGACCAAAAAUAUCCAAGGCAGAGCACAACGUGCAAGAGACAUUAACUGGAUGAAAGAGAGAAACCAUGACUGCCGCAAACAGAAGCUUGAUGAUGAUGAGAAAUGUCAUCUGCGAGAAAUUAAAGAAGCCAUAAGAAGGAAAGAUCAGAAAAGCAAUCAGAUUCUAAGGGACAAGGAGACAGCUAUUGAAGAAUCUCGGAGAAUAGCCAAAGCAUCUUAUGACCUGAAGGAAAAAGUGAGAGAUCUGAUAAAGCAUGGUUCAGUUGAUCAGAUGGCUUUUGAUGCCCAUCGCAAUGCAAAUCUCCUUAGGGGUCUCUAGUGAAAUUUAAGAAAACAUUCCAGACUGUGUUGUGCAAGAAAAAAAAACGGUUGUAGUGUGUUCAUUUUGUAGAACUCUGUGUUGCUGUUGACUAAAGUGGUUUCAGACUUAAUUACUGUUUGACUCUUAAGUGUUUGCAAGGAUUAUGACUUAAAGGAGUUUAUUAUUCACAAACACAGUUGCCUGUGUAAUUCAAUUGUGCUUAGAAAGUGUCGAACCUUAACUGCCUUCUAUGCUGUACACCCAGUGGAAUGUAGCUUUGCUAUCUGAGUGUAACUUAUGACUCAGUGACAGAGCAUCUGCUUGGCAUGCAAAAUAUCCCUGGUUCAAUCCCUGGUAUCUCCAGUUAAAAGGAGUAGGGGGUAGGUGAUGUGUAAGUCGUCCUCCUGACACCCAGGAGAGCCACUUCCAGUCUGAGUAGACAAUACUGACCUUAAUGCUGGGAUCGAUGGCCUGAUUCUGUAUAGGACUGUUUCAUUCACAUUUUUAAAUAGAUUUUACAAUGAAUGUCUGGAGUUAUUCAUAAAUUACGAGUAUUAAAGGGUAUAGCCAAACAAUUAGUGUUACAGAUAUUUCAGUCCAAAGGAUGCAAUAGUCACACAUGAAGGAGAAAAUUAUAUUUAAAGAUAUUUCAGUACAUUAUCUAAAUAUAUCCUGUCUUACAACUGAAUAACCUAAGCAAUAGUUUUCAGACCUAACCCAUUUAUAAAUCCUGUUUUUCUCAGGGGGAUUUAUGAGUACCUCAUGUGCUGGAUUCUAGAAAUGGUUCGGUAAAAAUGAAUAUUUUGUUUCAGUCUGUAGCAGUGUUAUCAAUUGUAAAUUUAACAUGUAUUGAAAUGAGAAAUGUUUCAUGAAUGGAAUAACAAAGAACAAAUAAUGUAUCAUACAAGGUGUUUUAAAAUAA